UCAUGGUUACUGGCUAGACGAAAGUUGAGUCGAGGCUCGAGAGAAUCUCAGGUCGAGCGUCGCGACACCGGGCACCGGCACUAACGCGGGUCGCGGGCUCGGACGGGUUCUGUCAGCUUAGUUACAUUUACAAGCCAGUAGGCGUAGCGCAUCGGUAACGUUGCAUGUAUUUAUAUCGCGCGUUAAAAGAUACACUGUAAACAUCGAUAUAAACAAAACUUUAUAAAAUGUGUGCGUAUAAAAUACAAUAAGCGACUGUUCAUAUGUUGAUUAACGUUAUAAUUUAUUUUGUAAAUUAUACGUUUACGAAGAAAGAUGUGAUGUGCCAGUGAAAGUGUUGUAUUAUAUGAGGAGAUGAGGGAUGACCUUUAUGGAAAUAUAGGAGAGCUACAUGAAUCUAAGUACUAAGGUAAUGCGAGGAGAGAUAGCGAAGUUGUGUUUGGUGAUCGCUACCCUCGCGCUCGGGACCGUAUCGAGCGGCGGCGCGUGCGAGCGGGGGCGCACUUGGUGGCACCGGCAGCGCGGUGCCUGCAUCCCCUGCACUCGCUGCGACCCGCGCCGCCUCGCCGUGAAGUAUCCAUGCGAACUGCACCGGGACACCAUUUGCCAACCCCUUUACGAGGUCCGCAUCUGGCCCUUCAACACGGAGAAAGACAAUGACGCGAGUGAAACGUCCAGUGACUAUGAAUAUUAUGAGGACACAGACUACAGCGGUGAAGUGAGUGAUGACCUAGAGUGGGAUAUCCAGACAUCGACCCUAACUCUUGCCGUCAGUGGGUGUAUAGUGUUUUUUGUGGUUGUUGUAACUCUGUCGCUCUAUCACGCGAAGCAAUGGCGAAUGCUGAAACAAACCCUUAAGACAGAUGUACAAGAUUUAUCAGCUAAGCUGAGACUGAUGGAGGCUGGAGAUGCUCCAGCGGAUCCGAUUCCCAGUGAUCAUCACAUUUACUGCAAUAUACAUGUCGGCAAAGAUGCUUUGCUUGGUCCUGUCUCGACCAAAAAAGGCUUGGGGAACGUCUACACGCAGGAGAAACACUCUCCUUGACCGAUGACCACCGAUAAGCAAACGAAACAAGUACAAAAUAUAUCGAAGAACCUCGCACAUCACUUAGAAGGGACAUAAUAAACUUAUUUUUGUAACACGAAAUAUAUAAUUCACUAAAAAAAAAAUAUUCAUUUACUUUCCAAAUUCGAUCAU